CUUAACAGUGCGCAGCUCUGACGCGAUUUUCUGCGGCGUGUCUGGCGCGCAGGGAUAUAAACCCCAGCGCGCACCAAGCGUCCAGAAGAGCAGCAGAAACACAAGACUGCGCGCAAAUCUCACUCUAACCCUCUAGGAAAUAUGCAUCCUAACUUGGUGAGCUGGCUGGGGACUCUGGGGUUCCUGCUGUGGGCGCUGCUCUGCCUGGGCUCCUUGACGGAGGGAUACCCGGUGAAACCGGAGAACCCAGGGGAUGACGCCCCGGCGGAGGAACUGGCCAAGUACUACUCAGCCCUGAGACACUACAUCAACCUCAUCACAAGACAGAGGUAUGGGAAGAGGUCCAAUCCUGAGAUUCUGGACACACUGGUCUCUGAGCUGCUGUUGAAGGAAAGCACAGACACACUUCCACAGUCAAGAUACGACCCGUCAUUGUGGUGAUGCUGUCAUCGGUGUUGGCUCUCACUCUCUGCCACCCCGCCACUGAUAAUCUGACCUCUGUCACUUCAUACCCUCCUAUACCAAAAGAACUCCCUGCCUCUGCCCUUUUGCCUCUAUGAGCCGCCACGUACGCCCAGCCCCUUGUCCUUAUCAGCUACAGUCAACACUGCUUUUAGUAGCCCAUAAAAUUGUAAAUAGUUUAUUCAGAGUCAUCAUCUGUGAAACACAAAGGUAAAGUGGAGGAAGGGCAUGUUGAUUGUAUUGCAUAUUUGUGCUAUUAAAGAUUCACUGUUUGAACAAA